AUGGCAGGGCAUGAGAGGCUAAGCUUCAUGGAUGCAUACUCAGGAUACAACCAGAUCCUGAUGAAGGAAGGGGAUGAGGCGUAUACAACAUUUCAUUCUGACCAGGAAAACUUCUGCUACCUGGUGAUGCCUUUUGGCCUGAAGAACACGGGGGCGACCUAUCAAAGAAUGGUAAACAAGCUAUUCAAGGCUCAGAUAGGCAGAAAUACGGAGGUGUACAUGGACGAUAUGCUGGUGAAGACCUCAAACAACGAAGUGGAGUACGAAGCACUGAUAGCAAGGCUGAGAACGGCCAAGGCCAUACAGGUCAAGAGGCUGAUAGUGCGAGAUGACUCACAGCUGGUCGUGAACCAGGUCAACAGGCAUUAUGAAACCAAAGACAAUCGCAUGGCGGCAUACCUAGAAGUCGCCAAGAGCUUGGUGAGCUCGUUCGAUGCGUUCGAGAUGAGGCAAGUGCCCCGGAAUGAGAAUGAGAAGGUAGACGCACUAUCGCGCCUAUCAACAGAGGCACUGGCUCAGUUGGACGGGUCAGUGUACAUUGAACUGCUAUCGAAACACUCCCACCAAGUCUGA